ACCAUAAUUGGAGAAGCUGGAGCUGGUUUCUUCUCUCUGUCAGCCGCUCAUCUCUAAAUCACCAAAUCGGAUAGAGCUUUUGGUUUCUGUUGUUUGGUUUGGUUGCUGUGGUGGCAGGGAUAAGGAUUUGAUCUGAGAGGAAAGUGAGAAGAGAGAGAGUGAUGGAUUUCUCGGCGGUGAAAGCAGGCUUGGCAUCGAAGUCGUACGAUAAAAUUGCGGAUGUGUGCGACAACCUAAUGCUUCAGGUUGCAGCCGAAGGCAUUGCUUAUCACGACGAUUGGCCCUACGCCAUUCACCUUCUCUCUCACAUUUACGUUCAUGACAUCAAUAGUGCGCGCUUUCUUUGGAAAUCAAUACCUUCUUCGAUCAAGGAAAGCCAGCCUGAAGUCACCGCGGCAUGGAAAAUUGGACAGAAGCUGUGGUUACGUGACUAUGCUGGAGUGCAUGAGGCCAUUCGUGGUUUUGAUUGGAGUCAGGAACUCCAAGGCCUAGUUGCCGCUUUUUCAGAACUUUACACAAAGGAGAUGUUUCAGCUACUUCUCUCGGCUUAUUCAACGAUAAGCAUUAAAGACACUGCUUUAUUUCUGGGAAUGAAUGAGGAUGAUGCCACAAAUUAUGUACUACAGCAAGGUUGGACUAUGGACCCUGCCUCUCGCAUGCUUAUAGUGAAGAAGCAACCUGUCGUGACAGAGCAAAAGCUUGAUCCUAGUAAAUUGCAGCGCUUGACUGAAUACGUCUUCCAUCUUGAGCACUGAAGCUUUUGAUUUCUGAAGAAAUUAGGUUUUUUAUUUUCUAAAAACUUUUCAAAUUGAUCGAUCAUAUGUUCUUGAAGGUGCGUGAAAGUGCAUGUAUCCUGUUGAUAAUUUUGAAGCUGAUCUUCUUGUGUUUGAACUUGAGCACUGAUUAGUGAAAUUUGCAUCUCACUCGGUAGUUAUUCAGCAUGCCUCUCUCCUAUAUAAUAGCGGAACAAUUCUAAAUUUGCAUAUUCUUCUUUUGAGGAGAAAUCAACUGUCUGUAUAUUCUGAGUAUACUGAAUAUUUUGUCAUUUGUCUUAAACCGUUAUUCUUAGGAGGAUAAUGUGAAUAAUUAUCAUAAUGUCGAUAUAGAUGGAUUUUGGAUUCCUACUGUAAACAAUUUGGAAGUGAAAGCUGUCUAUUAACGACUUGAUUCCGUGCACUGAACAUGAUACUGUAAUGUCCUUCGUUGGAAAUGAAAUAGUAUGAUUACAUUUG